AUGCAGAACAAGGUCAUAGGGCGCAAUACACCCGACGAGGAACCCAUAAGAGACUCGUUGAGUUCUGAAACUCGAAAUCUGCGACCCUGGAAGCCCCAGAAACAACAGUGGCUGAUUUUUGGCUGUCUAGCCCUCCUAUCUUUUGUUAUAUCUCUCGACACGACAAUCAUCACCCCGGCUAUACCGGUCCUGGAAACUUCCUUAGGCGGUGACACCGUCCAAGCAUUCUGGGCUGGUACCUCAUAUCUCCUGGCGAGUGCGGUCUGCCAACCUUUCAUUGUUGACUUGUCAGACAUCUUCGGCCGCAGGUUGAUCCUGACCCUAGUAGUGGCGCUAUUUACACUCGGAACCAUUCUCUGCUCUGUAGCUCACUCCUUUGCCCUUCUCCUCACGGGACGCUCUCUACAAGGAGUCGGAGGUGGGGGUAUAAUGGCGGGAUGUCUUGUCAUCACGACCGAUAUCGUUCCUUUGCGACAGCGGCCCACAUACUAUGCCAUUGUCCAGAUGGCCUGGGCCAUCGGCACUAUCGUUGGACCCUUGAUUGGUGGAGUUAUUGCGCAGAAUAUCAUAUGGCGAUGGAUUUUCUACAUCAAUCUUCCAUUCUGUGCAAUUGGCCUCUUGUUGGUUCCUUUGACAGUGCGGCUCACUGCGGAACGGCCGAGUGUCUUGGAACGCCUGGCUCUGGUUGACUGGAUUGGGGGUUUUCUAUUUAUCUCAAGUCUUUGUGCUUUCUUAGUUGGUAUCACCUGGGGAGGGAACCAGUUUCCAUGGUCCAGUUGGAGGACUUUUGUCCCAAUCAUUGUCGGCUUUGUGGGUCUAAUCGGCGCAGGUCUUUGGGAAACUUUUGGUGCAAAACGGUCUUUUAUACCCAUGACUCUAUUCGUCAGUAUCUCAUCAGUCAUUGCAUAUAUUUGUGCAUGCAUCCAAGGAGCAUUAAUGCUCGGCUGUCUCUAUUUCAUCCCUCUGUUCAUGCAGAUAACCAAAGGCAUGGAUGCGAUUCAAAGUGGAUUGGCAUUGAUAAUUAUUCUGGGCAUAUUACUGCCAAGCAGUGUCAUCUCAGGGUUACUUUUUACUCGAUUAGGUUGCUAUCGAUGGGCAAUCUGGUCCGGCUGGGCUCUGGUGGCCUUGGCGAUCGGUCUGAUGGCGCUGAUUGACCAAUAUAUGCCCGCCCGCCACUGGGCAUUCAUCUUCCUCACUCUGGGCAUUGGCAAUGGCUUCGUGUUGACAUCGUUAAAUUUUGCCAUCCAGGCCCACACCGCCGAUAGCCACGACGGCACAGCCGCAGGAAUGUACACAUUCUUCCGGUCGCUAGGCAUGUGCAUUGGAGUGGCAGUAGCCGGCACAUUUUUCCAAAAUAGGCUGCGGACUCAUCUGGUUCAGCGACUUUUGCCUGGAAGUGUGGCAAAUUCGGCACCUGAGUUCGCUCUCAGGCUGCGGCAAUCGGGCUGGGACCCUACUGAGAAGGAGAGCUAUAUUAUCGCAUUUACACAUGCAUUCAAGAAUCUGUGGUUGUUCUUUAUGGCCAUGGCUAUUCUUGCGCUUGUUCUAUCGCUGCUUAUUCAACAUGCCACGCUUGACCGAGAGCUACACUCUGACCAUACCCUGGUUGACCGUCCUUCUGAAGCGGACAUUGUGAAGGAAGCGCCUUAG